CCCUCCGUAAACGCCCGCUUCCAUCUGGCAUUUGUCGUACCCAACCAACCAGGCUUGACCGCGAGUCCAUUGAAUACCCCAUCGCUUCCCCGGCGGAUUCCAAUCAGGGUUUCGUUCUCCUUGGUUCUUCGAUCCAGGCGACGGAAUCGGAGCGGUUUGGAGUUUGAAUCGCUUGGUUCGUGCGUGUCUUGGUGGGGUUUGGGAUCCAUCGACCGAUCGAGUUAGUGUUUGGCCUCGAAGAUGUUCGGAAGAGCGCCGAAGAAGAGCAACAACACGAAGUACUACGAGGUACUUGGGGUGCCCAAGAGCGCGUCGCAGGAUGAUCUGAAGAAGGCCUACCGGAAGGCCGCCAUCAAGAACCACCCAGACAAGGGCGGCGACCCCGAGAAGUUCAAGGAGUUAGCUCAGGCUUAUGAAGUUCUGAGUGAUCCUGAAAAGCGUGAGAUCUAUGAUCAGUAUGGUGAAGAUGCCCUCAAGGAGGGAAUGGGUGGUGGAGGUGGCCAUGACCCAUUCGAUAUUUUCUCGUCUUUCUUUGGUGGGAGUCCCUUUGGAGGAGGAAGCAGCAGGGGACGAAGGCAAAGGAGAGGGGAGGACGUGAUCCACCCUCUGAAGGUGUCUUUGGAAGACCUCUACAAUGGAACUUCUAAGAAGCUGUCACUCUCACGAAAUGUCAUCUGCCGGAAGUGCAAGGGCAAGGGCUCAAAAUCUGGUGCUUCGAUGAAGUGCUCUGGCUGUCAGGGUAUUGGUAUGAAGGUGACAAUACGUCAGUUUGGCCCGGGCAUGAUUCAGCAGAUGCAGCACCCAUGCAAUGAGUGCAAGGGUACUGGGGAGACCAUCAAUGAGAAGGAUCGCUGCUUGCAAUGCAAAGGUGAGAAGGUUGUCCAGGAGAAGAAAGUGCUGGAGGUUGUGGUGGAGAAGGGUAUGCAAAAUGGUCAGAAGAUCACCUUCCCUGGUGAGGCCGACGAAGCGCCUGAUACCGUCACUGGAGACAUUGUGUUCAUCCUUCAACAGAAGGAUCACCCCAAGUUCAAGAGAAAGGGGGAUGAUAUCUUUUAUGAGCAUACGCUGUCCCUCACCGAGGCUCUCUGUGGCUUCCAGUUUGUUUUGACUCACCUCGACAACAGGCAGCUGCUCAUUAAAUCGAAUCCUGGUGAAGUUGUUAAGCCUGAUCAAUUCAAGGCAAUCGAUGAUGAGGGUAUGCCAAUGUACCAGCGGCCCUUCAUGAGGGGGAAGCUCUACAUUCACUUCACCGUUGACUUCCCCGAUUCAUUGACACCGGAUCAGUGCAAGGCUCUCGAGGCGGUGCUCCCUCCAAGGCAGGCGUUACAGAUGACAGAGAUGGAGCUGGAUGAAUGCGAGGAGACGAUACUAAACAAUGUUAACAUCGAGGAGGAGAUGCGGAGGAAACAGGCCCAAUCUCAGGAGGCAUACGAUGAGGAUGACGAUGUUCAUGGCGGUGCCCGAGUGCAGUGCGCGCAACAGUAAGAAGUUAAAAUUUGUAUCGGCUUAAUCAUCUUUUUGAUGUAAAUUUACACCAAAUUGAUGAGCUAGAGAAGCUACUACGAACCUGGAUUUUGCUGCCUACGUAAUUAUUUUUUUUAUUCCUAUC